AUGGCUGCGCGAUCGUCAUCUAUCAUCCGGCGCUCAUUGCUCUACGUCCCGGGCUCGUCACAAAAGAUGCUCACAAAGUCUCUCGGUCUCAGUACAGAUAAUGUUACUUAUGAUCUUGAGGACUCUGUUACGCCCAGCCUCAAAGAUACUGCCCGCAACCAACUGCGGGAGCACAUCUCCAACCUGAACGCCCGCCCCUCAGGGAUAUCUGAGCUGGCUGUCCGCAUCAACGCUGUCUCUACUCCUUUCGCUCUGUCAGACCUGACAACACUUGCUCCUCUUCACCACGUUGAUGCCGUUGUGGUUCCCAAGGUCAAUUCCGCCGCUGAUUUGACUUUUGUUACUGAUGUUCUCCGACAUGUUGCUCCAGAGCGACACGGAACUGACGCCAAGAACCCCAUAAAGAUCAUUGCCCUCAUUGAGUCGGCUCAAGCUGUCAUGGACUUGUCCCAGAUUUGCAAGGCAUCCCCCUAUUUGAGUGGCUUCAUCUUCGCUGCCGAGGAUUUUGCCCUCGACUUAUCUCUGACAAGGACCCCAUCUCUGACCGAAUUUCUUUACGCAAGAUCUGCAAUUGUCACCGCUGCCCGAGCUGCUGGGCUGCCGAGCGCGAUUGAUCUUGUUUGCACAUCAUACAAGGGGGAGCAAGGGCUCAAGACUCUCGAGGAAGAAUGCGCAGGAGGAAAAUCCAUGGGCUUUAAUGGAAAACAAUGCAUCCACCCUAGUCAAGUCGAAGUUGUCCAGCGUAUGUUUGCUCCAGACCAGAAGGAAGUCGAAUGGGCAAUACGAAUUUCCAUCGCCGAUGAGAAAGCAUCGGCCUCAGGGCGAGGCGCCUGGACUCUCGAUGGCAAAAUGAUUGAUGCUCCUGUCAGUGGGAAGGCUGGUGCUGUCAUUGCUAAGGCAGAACAGUGUGGCAUCGACGUUGAAAGCUUGAGGAACAAAUGGAAGGACCAAGAACCAGAGUAA